AGUGGGGCUCCGGGGAGAGAGCCCAGCGCUUGCUCUGGGCUGGGGGGAAGCGGUGGUGGCUCCGAGAAGGAGGAAAAGGAGAAGGAGUCGGGCCAGUAGGAGGCAGCGGAGGCGAUCGGGCCGGGGUGAUGGUGCAGGUGCCCCCGGCGGGCGCGGAGCUGCCGGGCUGAGGGGCGCCUGGUCCAGGGUCCGCAGCGCCGCCGCGUCGCUCUCAGGGACGGGCGAGCGGGCGGGAAGAUGCUGAGCAGGUUGAUGAGCGGCAGCAGCAGGAGCCUGGAGCGCGAGUACAGCUGCACCGUGCGGCUGCUGGACGACAGCGAGUACACCUGCACCAUCCAGAGAGAUGCCAAAGGCCAGUACCUGUUUGACCUUCUUUGCCACCACCUGAACCUACUUGAGAAAGACUAUUUUGGGAUCCGCUUUGUGGACCCAGAUAAGCAGCGGCAUUGGUUGGAGUUUACAAAGUCGGUUGUGAAGCAGCUGAGAUCCCAGCCUCCAUUCACCAUGUGCUUCCGUGUGAAAUUUUACCCCGCAGACCCUGCUGCUCUGAAAGAAGAAAUAACAAGGUAUUUAGUCUUCCUACAGAUCAAAAGGGAUCUCUACCAUGGCCGCCUCCUCUGUAAAACAUCUGAUGCUGCCUUGUUAGCAGCUUAUAUCCUUCAAGCGGAGAUUGGAGAUUAUGACCCAGGGAAACACCCUGAAGGCUACAGCUCCAAGUUCCAGUUUUUUCCGAAACAUUCAGAGAAGCUGGAAAAGAAAAUUGCUGAGAUUCACAAGACAGAACUCAGUGGUCAAACACCAGCAACAUCAGAACUGAACUUCUUAAGAAAAGCACAGACAUUGGAGACUUAUGGGGUGGAUCCUCACCCAUGUAAGGAUGUGUCAGGAAAUGCUGCAUUUCUGGCCUUCACUCCUUUUGGGUUUGUUGUUCUUCAAGGAAACAAGAGGGUCCACUUCAUUAAAUGGAAUGAGGUGACCAAGCUGAAAUUUGAAGGAAAGACUUUCUAUUUAUAUGUAAGUCAGAAAGAGGAAAAGAAAAUUAUUCUCACUUAUUUUGCUCCAACUCCAGAAGCCUGCAAGCACCUCUGGAAAUGUGGAAUUGAGAAUCAAGCCUUCUACAAGCUGGAGAAAUCAAGCCAAGUCCGCACAGUGUCCAGCAGCAAUUUAUUCUUUAAAGGGAGCCGGUUCCGAUACAGUGGCCGAGUUGCAAAGGAAGUAAUGGAAUCGAGUGCCAAGAUCAAACGAGAGCCACCGGAAAUACACAGAGCAGGGAUGGUUCCCAGCCGGAGCUGUCCUUCUAUAACCCAUGGCCCACGGCUGAGCAGUGUCCCCAGGACCCGCAGAAGAGCUGUUCACAUCUCCAUCAUGGAAGGCCUCGAGUCCCUACGGGACAGUGCCCAUUCCACCCCGGUGCGUUCUUCUUCCCACGGAGACACCUUUCUGCCUCACGUGAGAAGCAGCCGAGCAGACAGCAACGAGCGAGUAGCUGUGAUUGCAGAUGAGGCCUACAGCCCUGCAGACAGCGUGCUGCCCACCCCUGUGGCCGAGCACAGUCUGGAGCUGAUGCUGCUUUCCCGGCAGAUCAACGGAGCCACCUGCAGCAUUGAGGAGGAGAAGGAGUCUGAGGCCAGCACCCCAACUGCUGCAGAGGUGGAGGCCCUUGGAGGAGAGCUGAGGGCCCUGUGUCAGGGGCACGGCGGGCCAGAGGAGGAACAGAGUGGGCAUCUGAAGGGACCACCGGUACAGCAGCAGCACAGCAGGGGUGGGAAAAUAGAACCUGAUGAACUAAACGAUGCAAGAAAGAAACUGAUCCCGAGAAUGCAAAACGUCAGAAAAUAGAAUUCCAAGAUCAACAAACAGCCUUGGAAAGGACAAGGAAAAGAAUCUUUUAAAAUAAGAUUUCUAAGAGAUGCUUACAAAAGACAGAAGGUGAACUUGGCAGAGACCAACACUUAGAUGUAGAAAUGCUGCCCCCUAGGGUCAUCCUCCACAUCAAGAAAUAAGUUCCAAAAAGGUACUUAUCCUUGCUGAGGAAAGCCCUGAAUGCUCACAGAAGCACAGGUCCACAAAGGGUGAGUGUGAGUCGCUAGGCCCGAGCUCUGCAACUCUUAAAACCAUCACACACAAGAUCUUGUUCUCAUCUCAGGGAGAGAUUUCUAAGUCAUCUGGGGCCUGAGGACUUAUGUGAGCAUAAUCAGUGGUCAUAUUCCUGGGACCUACACAAUAUGCCAACACAGCUGCCAAUACAGUAUGAUGUUGGACAGUCCCAAAAGCAGAACAGAGAGAGUCAUUUAUUGAUUUGAUCUCUCCUGUUUUGUACCCUGAAAUGAUAGAACCAGUUCCAUUCAGAAUAUAACAGCCAUGAAAAAAUCAGGGCUCUAAGGGGUGAGGGGGGAGAGUGGAUUUGUCUAAUUUUAAAGAUAGAUACUUUUUUCAUCUAGACUACAGUUCAGGAAACUUCUGAAAAGUAAAGACAGUAAACUUUUUUUUGGUUCUGUCACAAUUACUCAACUCUGCCGUCAUAGUACAAAAAUAUGGAUUAUGUGUGCAUGAAGGAGCAUAUCCGUGUUCCAAUACUACUAUAAAAACAAGACAGUAUGCUUAUUUUGGUCCAUGGACCAUAAUAUGCCAACCCUGAUCUAGACAAUAAAACUGACCAUUAUGGAGCAGAAGAGGGUCAGCUCUUCUCCAAUUCCUGGCAUGUGUGAAAGACCUAGGCUUUUUCCCAGUGGAAACACUAGGGUUGCUUGUUUACAGGGUGCUUGAACAACAAACCAGCAGAGAUGUCUGGAGCCAAGAUGAGCAAGAUCAAGAACUGGAAUGCUAAAACAUGGCAAAUCAAAAAAUGGAAGUGGGCCUAUCUGAUCAUUUUCAUACCAGCAACAAUUUGGGCAGAAUCACAAACAUAGUUACCAAGUGAUGAGACAAAGUGAGGGAGAUCCUAAUAAAGAUUCACUUAAACCAACUAGCCACUGCCACUUGUCAUCUACAUAGCAAAGGCUUUAUUUAGCACAGGACUAAAGUGAAAAGUAGACCCAGAAAUGAAAAGGCUGUCAGGAGACAGGGAGCUGGUGUUAACCUGGAUAUCUACUGUCUUAUGCAACAUAGAUUACCUUCUAGUGUAGUGCUCCUACCUCAGUCUGUAGAACACGGUGUCUCUAUGCAGUGAGUGAGAGCCUUGCCUCGGACCUUUCACAUCCACACUAGAGAGAUACAGUAUCCCAUUGCCUGGUGUGUUAACUUGUGUCUAGAAUUCUAACAGUGCAGUAGUCCAUACCAUUUCUAGCAGCUGAACAGAAACUUUUGAGAUUUUUUAAGGCUUUUCCCAGAAAAUAUGGAUAGAAAAGUUUCCUUCAAUUUGCUUUUCAAAUUGUGCUUGAAUAACAAACUUCCUUUGUUGGUAACUAGUCUUUUUUGAUAUCUCCCCACCAUUAAAAACUGUUCAAGUUUUUUAUCUGGUUUUUCGUGUUCUACUGUGUCUCUCAUUUUAUCUCACUGUAGAAAAAUCAAUGGUUUCCAUAGCAUCAUCUUUCAGAGGAAAUAACUUUCUGAAGAAUAGCGAACUGCAUCUUUAAGCAGUAGAGGGUAAACUACCUGCAAAUGUGAAUUUAUUAGUUUCACUUAAAAAUAGUUGUUAACCUUUCGUGUGCCAAAAACUUGAGUUACAUUUUCCUUCAAAGCAAUGUACUUUUUUUCUACAUAUGCAGUAUGUAGUUAGCAUAAAAUCAUUGGUGCCAUGAAAAUUAUUUUUAAACUUAAAAUAAAUAUUUAAAUACCA